AUGAAUCACAGCGAUUCACCACCGGGUCCCCUGCCAAUACCCUCGAAUAGCAUCGAUGAGAAGAGGCCUAGUGCAUUUGUGGACCAAAGACAAGUGGAACAAGCCUCAGACUUUCCAGAAGGCGGAUGGCGAGCAUGGAGCGUGGUGCUGGGCUCAUGGUGUGCAAUGGUGCCUUCAUUUGGACUUUUAAAUACAAUGGGUGUCCUGGAAGCCUGGUUGGCAAAUGAUCAGCUGAAGAACUAUUCUAAAGCAUCUAUCGGUUGGAUAUUCGGGGUCUACUCAUUCUUUCUUUAUUUUGGAAGUGUCCAAAUCGGGCCAGUUUUUGACGCUUACGGUCUCAGACCACUUCUUGUCCCUGGUUGUAUUGGGCUAAUUGGCUCCCUGAUGGCUUUUAGCGUAGCUAAAGAAUACUAUCAGUUCAUACUAGGAUUCAGCGUCCUCGGCGGAAUCUCCUCAUCAAUGGUCUUCACCCCCAGCAUAGCCUGCUUGGCACACUGGUUCCAUCGCCGCCUAGCCCUAGCGACCGGAAUCGCAGCCACAGCAGGCGGAUUCGGAGGCAUCAUUUUCCCCAUUCUUAUCUGGAACCUCACCGAAGCCGUGGGAUUUCCCUGGGCCAUCAGAAUAAUGGGAUUCACUUGCACCUUCUUCUGCAUCCUGUGUGUCCUGUUCCUGAGAACGAGACUACCUCCAAAAAGGCUUGGCAGAGCCAAAAUUGACAUUCGUGCCCUGCGUGAAGCCCCAUUCGCCCUACUCACAGUCGCUAUCUUCCUCAUCGACUUUGCCCUCCUGAUACCCCUAACCUACCUAACAUCCUACGCUCAAUCACACAACAUGCAAGAGGAUCUCGCGUACCAAGUUGUCUCAAUCCUCAACGCAGCCUCGAUCCUGGGCCGCAUCGUCCCUGGCUAUUUCGCAGACCGGUACGGACGGUUUAACGUCAUGAUCAUCACAACCUUCGGGUGUACCAUCUUCACCCUUGCAUUGUGGCUGUCUGCUAGAUUUAAUACAGCCGCUAUCGUGGCAUAUGCCGUUCUAUUCGGGUUCUGGAGUGGCUCGGCGAUUAGUCUUAGCCCUGUUUGUGUGGCGCAGAUCUCGACGACGGAGGAUUUUGGGAAGCGGUAUGGAACUACGUAUUCUUUAGUUAGUGUUGGUGCGCUGUUUGCUAUACCUAUUGCCGGGGAGAUAAUGAAAGCGCAGAGCGAUCCCAGGAAGAAGGAGGACUAUUCGGGGCUUAUUGUGUUUUGCGGGUUGGUGUAUGGCUGUGCUUGUUUGUUCUUUGGGUUGGCGAGAGGUGUUAAAGUUGGUUGGAAGGUUGGAACAACUUUUUAG